AUGAAGCACAGCACUUCGAUAUUCUUUCUUGUCUUCAUCGAGAUCUCCUGGCUCAUAGAAGCGAGCAGAAUUGUGUACCCACGGAUGCUGCAAAGUCGAGCCGAGAAUGGCGUAAAGGUUUUGAAGAUAAGUGAAGAUAUAACGCUGAACUUGCGGAAGAGUUCUGUGUUUUCGGAAGAAUUUUUGAUCCACACAACUCAUCAUGGUGAACCAAUUGCAUACCACAUGAGCGGCGCUGAAAUGGAGAAGAAUCUUUACGACGACCACGAGCAGAUGGCAGCUGUUGAUGUCUCCCAAGAAGAUGGCCUAAGUGUUGAAGGCGUGCUUGGUCACACCUUGCGCAUACGGCCUUUGGAAGGAAUGGAGAGGGCGGAAGAUGGCACGAUAGCUCACGAAAUAUACGAGGUUCCUCAACCAGAGAAUGCUGGUCACCAACAUGACGACUAUGGGACACCGGAUAUGAAUACAACGGAAACGCAGGUGGAAUCUCGAUUGCUGUGGUACAAAGCGCCACGUUUGCCGUUGCUAAUAAACCCAGAAGUCUACGUUGUUGUUGACCACUUCAUAUGCGCAGCCUUAAAAUACGUCGAAAAGAAAAUUGCACGAUAUGUUGCCAUUCUGACAGCGUCGGCAAAUCUGAGAUAUCGAAGCGUGGUGCAGCCGAGGGUUCAGCUCGUCCUGGUGGGCAUCACGGUGACAAAAAGUGCAGCAGAAGAGCCGUACAUGGAACAUGUACAAGGAUAUCAGCAAUACAGAAAUAUUCUUUACGGAAAAACAAUUCAGAACUUUAACGAAUACGUAAAGCAGCAAGUAUAUUUCCAGAGAUCGGAUAUCAUUUUUCUGCUCACAGGAAUGAAUAUGUCUGUGUGGGAAAAUGGAGAAUUAAAACACUGGGUUGGAGGCUAUGCGUACGUCGGUGCAGCCUGUACAGCUUGGAAAGUGGGUAUGUCUGAAGAAAGAGUCGGAAGUUACUACGGAGUUUACGUCUACGCACAUGAGCUUGCACACAGCCUUGGCUGUGCGCACGAUGGGGAUGACGCCAGUAAUUGGCCUACGGGACAUAUUGGUUCGAAGGACUGCGAUUGGGACAAGGGAUUCAUGAUGAGCUACAAGUUUAUAGCCCCCAACAUGUACAGGUUUUCUUACUGUUGUCAGCGCGAAAUCACGAAUAUGUUCAACCGGCCGGAAUACGAAUGUCUUCGCGUAAGAAACAGAAUGAACACAGGCAUAUUUUCUUCGAAGCUUCCUGGUGCAGUGUCAAGUCGUCAAACAUACUGUCAAAAAGUGUACUACGAGUACACCCACGUUGAAGUAGACAGGCUGGACUCCUGGUCGCUGCAAGCUGCAUCGCCAGUUCCUGUUCUGUAG